GGGAAUCCCAGGGCGGAGCUAGGUACGAAGCGGCACCGGAAGGAGAAGUCGAAAAGUCUCGCUCCUAAGCCGGAAGCCGUCUGCACGUGUUGGCCGGCGCUUCCCCAUCCCGGGUCCAGGCAUGGAGCUGCUUCACCCACCACGCGUGUCCGCGCUCUUGGCCUAUCGCUCCGCCGUGCAAGUCGGGGACCGGGAGCUGCCGCCGCGCCCGAGGCACGGGCUGUCCGUCUCGCUGAGGCGCCACAAGGCCAAGAAGCGGCCCUCUAAGAGGGCGCUGGCCGCCGAGGACUGCGCGGAGGCACCAGGGGCCGCCAACGGGGAGCCGCCCAGGGAUGCUCGCCCCGUCCCGGAUGCGGCCGUGAAACUGGCGAAGAGACGGAGAAUGAAUGCGAACUCCAGGGAUGCGGCAGCGGCGGCGGCCUCCAAGCGUGAGCGCGGCCUGGCAAGCGGAGAAAGCCCUGCUCCAGCACCCCAUAAGGAGAAGAAGGCGCCUUCCCCCCAGCGUCCUUUUAUGGGCUGCCCACUCCAGCGCCUCCUCCAAGAGCUGGGGCAAGUUCAGCAUAGCCGGCAGCGAGCCGCCAAACUCUUCGAGUGGCUCAUCGCUCCCACUUCGCCUCGUCACUUCUUUGACCGGUACUGGGAGAAGAAACCUCUCUUGCUCCAGAGGCACAAUCCAGGUUAUUACCAGGGCCUCUUCUCUACAGCAGAGUUUGAUGCCAUCUUGCGUGACAGCGAUGUUCGGUUCGGCGUCAACUUGGACGUGACCAGCUACGAAGAUGGGAAGAGGGAGACGCACAAUCCGGAGGGCAGGGCACUGCCGGCUGUGGUGUGGGAUUUCUACAGGAAUGGCUGUUCCCUCAGGAUGCUAAACCCCCAGGCUUUUUCUUUCACCCUCUGGCAGUUCCUCUCCAUCCUCCAGGAGCAGUUCAACAGCAUGGUGGGAGCAAACACUUACUUGACCCCUGCUGGUACACAGGGCUUUGCUCCUCACUAUGAUGACAUUGAAGCCUUUGUGAUCCAGCUGGAAGGAAAGAAGCAUUGGCGGGUUUACAGCCCGAGGAAAGAGGCGGAGGUGUUGCCUCAGUUUUCGAGUAGCAACUUUAGCCAGGAGGAGAUUGGAGAACCCAUUCUGGAGACUGUAUUAGAAGCUGGAGACCUGCUCUAUUUCCCCCGGGGGUUUAUCCACCAAGGCGACUGUCUCCCAGAUGCACAUUCACUCCAUAUAACAGUAUCCUCAUACCAGCGAAACUCCUGGGGAGACCUGUUAGAAAAGCUCCUUCCUGCAGCACUGCAGAUGGCCAUUGAAGAGGAUGUGGACUAUCGCCGUGGGCUACCCACAGACUACCUGGAAUACAUGGGAGUCCUGAACUCGGAUGUUGUUGAUCCUCGCCGAGAUGCCUUUAUGCAAAAGAUCAGAACACUAAUAACCAAACUAAUGGAUUUUGCACCAGUUGAUGCUGCUGUGGAUCAAAAAGCCAAGGCUUUUCUUCACGACUGCCUCCCGCCAGUGCUGACUGAGAGUGAAAAGGCAUUGAGUGUGUAUGGACAUCCAGCACGGUGGGAAAAUGGAAAUGUCCAAAAUCUUGAUGUCCAGUUGAAGAAAAAGACACAGGUACGGCUGCUUCAGUAUGGAAUUGUCAGAUUGUGCAAUGAAGGAGAUGCCACAUUGUUGUAUUAUACUGCAGAAAAUUCAAGGGUGUACCACAAGGAGGAGCCCAAAUACUGUGAAAUAGAGCCUGAACAUACAGAUGCUAUUGAAUUUUUGCUUUCUUCCUACCCAAAGUAUGUUAGUGUGGAAGACCUUCCUUGUGCUACGCUGGAUGACAAAAUUGCCUUGGCCACAGUCUUAUUUGAGAAGGGAUUGUUGAUUACUAAAAACCCUCUGUUGCCUGUAUAACAUGUUAAAUAUGAUCAAAAUAAAUGUGUUGGAAGAAUAA